AUGUGUCAGAAGAGCCGGAGACUCAGUCCUUUUUGGACGGGAAUUAAUGCAGCGAUUGCGGAUUAUGUCGACAUAUGUGAAGUCUGCAGAACAUACGAAAGACGGCAACUAAAAGAAACACUUCUCUAUCAUGAGAUAACGAAACUGCCAUGGGCUAAGGUAGGCAUAGACCUAAUGAGUUUCCACGAGAGAAACUAUCUUAUUGUAGUAGAUUACUUUAGCAGCUUCAUAGAAGUGGAUCCGCUAAUUGACACUACGUCAAAGACGGUUAUAUCAAAAUUAAAGGCUCAGUUUGCCCGUCACGGAAUUUCCCAGACGGUGGUGACAGAUAACGGUCCACAGUUCGUCGCUAGUGAAUUUUUACAAUUCGCUGAAAAGUGGGAAUUCGAUCAUAUAACAACCAUUCCGUAUCAUUCUCAAAAUCAACGGCAAAGUGGAAAGUGCAGUGAAAUAUGUAAGCAUCUGAUGGUGGAAGCCCUAGAGGCACGGGAAGACCCGUGGAUAGCUUUGUUGGAUCAACGAAAUACACCACCGCAAGGGACAACACCGAGUCCAGCUCAACGUCUUUUUAGUAGAAGAACUAACGGGCUGUUGCCUAUGAAGCUCGAUCUACUUAAACCUCAAGUGGUCGAUGGGAUCUCCCAACAAUUAGCCAAACAGAAAGAAACUCAAGCAAAAUAUUACAAUCAAGGUACUAGAGACCUCCCUCUUAUCGUACCGGGAACUGUCGUUCGCAUGGAACCAUUGAAAGGAAAGAAACAGAGUUGGAAGAAAGCUGUGGUAAUAGAGCAAACUACAGAACGAUCGUACAAAGCGCGAACAGAGGAUGGUGGAAUAUAUAGGCGGAAUCGACGACAAUUGAAGAUUACGAAUGAAGCAAUACUGAAUAAACCGACUACUCUAGUGAAUAAUGACGACGCUGGCUUAGAACAAGUAGCAGCGGAAUCCAGUGUCAACCUGCCACCGCAAGACUGCCAACUACAGGCAGAGUCUCAGGUCACUUUGAAGAGUUAUACAACUAUCUACCAACAAGAAGAGGAGAAGCAGGAUCUAUCAGAACAGACAAGUUCUCAACCUAGCAGAGAAACAGAGGGCAGUACUUAG